AUGGGAAUGAUGGAAUAUGAGAAAGGAGUUGGUGAUAAUUUUACACAAGACGGGACUACGGACCUUAAAGGUAGACCUGCCCUAAGAUCAACUACAGGGAGAUGGAGAGCUUGUUAUUACAUGCUAGGCUAUGAAGUGUGUGAAAGAAUGGCAUAUUAUGGGAUAGCAACCAAUUUGGUCUUGUACUUAACAAGGGAGUUGCAUGAAGGCACUGUGAAAUCGUCAAACAAUGUCACAAACUGGGCAGGGACUGUGUGGUUGACUCCCCUUUUGGGUGCAUAUAUCGCUGACACAUACCUAGGACGAUAUUGGACUUUCAUGAUUGCUUCAGCUAUUUAUCUUAUGGGUAUGUUUCUGUUGACUCUUGUGGUUUCAAUCCCAUCCCUAAAGCCACCAUCAUGUGGCAAACAUGUUAGUUACCUAGACUGCAAUAAAAGGGCAUCUUCAUUUCAAGUUGGUAUUUUUUAUUUUGCACUCUACAUCAUCGCAAUUGGGACUGGUGGAACCAAGCCCAACAUCUCCACAAUGGGUGCUGACCAGUUUGACGAUUUUGAGCCCAAAGAAAGGGCCCAUAAACUCAGUUUCUUCAAUUGGUGGAUGUUUAGCAUAUUUUUUGGAACUCUUUUCUCAAGUACAUUUCUAGUGUAUAUUCAAGAUAAUGUGGGUUGGGGCUUAGGGUAUGGCAUCCCUACACUGGCUCUACUUGUGGCAAUAAUUGGGUUUGUACUUGGCACACCAAAUUAUAGGCACAAGCCCAGAACAGGAAGCCCAUUUACAAGAAUGGCCCAAGUACUCGUUGCCACUGCUAGAAAGAAGGAUGUAAUUAUUCCCGAUGAUCCAAAAGAGCUUUAUGAGUUAACUUUGGAUGAGUAUGCUAGCCCUGGAAAGUACAGACUUGACCAUUCAUCUUCAUUAAGGUUCUUUGACAAAGCUGCAGUAAAGACCGAAGAACCAACUUCUGAAUGGAACCUGUGUCCCGUGACACAAGUUGAGCAAACGAAGCAAAUGGUCAAAAUGCUCCCAAUCUUGUGUGCAACUUUGAUUCCUAGCACAUUGAUGGCCCAAACACAAACACUUUUCAUCAAACAAGGGAGCACAUUAGAUCUAUCUAUGGGACCAAAUUUUGACAUCCCACCAGCUUGUCUAUCUGUAUUUCUCACAAUCUCAAUGCUUAUAAGCAUUGCAAUUUAUGACCGCUUAUUUGUUCCUUUUAUUCGGAAGUACACCAAAAACCCAAGAGGAAUCACAAUGUUGCAGCGGAUGACAAUUGGAAUAGUCCUUCAUAUCGUUACCAUGAUUGUUGCUAGUCUAGUAGAAAGGCAGCGACUUAGUGUUGCUAAAGCUCACAAUAAAGUUAAAAUAGGACAAACUGUGCCUCUAAGCAUAUUCAUUCUGCUCCCUCAAUUCGCAUUGAUGGGCAUUGCUGAUUGUUUCUUGGAAGUAGCAAAACUUGAGUUUUUCUAUGAUCAAGCGCCUGAAGGAAUGAAAAGCCUUGGAACCGCAUAUUUUACCACCACUCUUGGUCUCGGGUAUUUUCUAAGUAGCUUCAUCUUAUCAACUGUGGCUGAUCUUACAAAUAGGGAUGGCCACAAAGGUUGGAUCCUAAACAAUCUCAACGUAUCUCACUUGGAUUACUAUUAUGCAUUUUAUGCAGUUUUGAGCUUUGUGAACUUCAUUUUUUUCCUUGUUGUGGCUCAAAGCUUUGAGUACAAUGCUGAAGUCAUUGAAAGUGAGCACGAGUUGAAAGAUGCUAAGAAGAUCACAGAACAAGGGUAUGUUGCUGGAUCUUCAAAUUAAAAAUUUUAGUAGGAGGCAAGAAG